UAGUCUGAAAAUAUACAAGAAGCUAAAAAGAUCUAAGGAAAUAUAACGCUUCAUCAUCUCUCGAUCUAAAUAAUUGGCCUUUUGCCCUACAGAACAGUAGUCCAGAUGACUAGCAUAUGGAACUAACUACCCCUCAUUCCGUCUCCGAGGUUUAUACCUCAAGGAGCAAAUAUGGUUGCCCCGCACCGAAUGUGAAGUCAUGAGACUCCAACACAACUCUAUUUUAUGUGCAAAUCCAACUUCAUCCACGGUAACAGCAAGCUCAACAUAGAAGCUAUGCUGGAGAUAAUGUCAUAGAGUGUUCGGUACUUAAAGCUCUCAUCGCCCCCGGAGUAGCUUUAACUCGACUUCAUCAACUACGUUCUUCGAACUUCAACAACGAACAAAUACUCUCAAUACAACAAAAAUGCAUUUCAUGUCUGCUAGUGUCCGUUUCGCCAGCGUGGAAGACUGGGAGGAUUUUAGCAAGGAUAACGACGAAAAGGCACUUGAGCAAAUGUUCACCGGGAAGGGAGCGACCAUCCAGAAACCAAUCAACUCCACCCACGGCAUGCCUCCAAUUCAUAACAUGACGCUUGAAGCACCGGAUGAUAUGGAGGCAGAAGAUCUGCAACGUUCCAAGUUCCCUGAAGGUGUUCUGGUCCAUAUUGAGGAGGAUAUCUAAGGACGAGGCAAUACGAGUUCUGCUCCCUUCUAGUGAUUCAAAUAAUAUCGGAUAUCCGUGCUCUUUGUAUCCUUUUUUAUUUUUUUAUAUCGUCGAAGUGGAUCGGGAUAAUAUGGGAGUGUAUAAUUGGACAACAAAAGAAUGCAAUUGUCCUUAAAGGGGCUUUUACUCAAUUUUGAUGUUUUCUGUAGGGUGGUAGUUUACCGGAUGGUCAGCUUGCAGGUUUUGAUAAUUCAUUGUACUAAUAAUUAUUAGGGCAGGUUUCUUAUAAAUAGGUUUAUAUAUCUAGGCUCGGCAAGCAAAGGACAACAAUGAAGAUUCGAUCUUCUAAUCUUCAGACUAGGGAAGACGAACCAAUUAUCUAUAAUGGCAGGGAAAGAGUUUGUCCAUCAUCAAUGAUAGACAUUUGCAGACGGAAAUAACUCCCCCCAGAUAGCUCAU